GAUGGAACACUUGUGAUGCCGACACCAUGUGUGUGUGUGUGUUGCAGGAUCGGGACGGCCGCGCUCGCAGUUCAGGUCGUGGGUAGUAACUGGCCAAAGCCCCACUACACCUUGCUGGUCACGGGCCUGUGCCGCUUCCAGAUCGUACAGGUCUUGAAGGAGAAGCCGUACCCGGUUGCCGAAGUGGAGCAGUUGGACCGGCUGGAGGAAUUCCCCAGCACCUGCAAGACGAGGGCGGAGCUGGGCGAGCUGUCGGAGCAGUUCUACAAGUACGCCGUGCAACUGGUGGACAUGUUGGACAUGUCCGUCCCGGCAGUCGCUAAGCUGAGACGCCUCUUAGACAGCCUCCCAAGGGAGGCUCUGCCGGACAUCCUGACAGCCAUCAUCCGCACGAGCGACAAGGAGAAGCUGCAGAUUCUCGACGCCGUGAGUCUGGAGGAACGGUUCAAGAUGACCAUACCACUGCUCGUCAGGCAAAUCGAGGGCCUGAAAUUGCUUCAGAAAACCAGAAAACACAAGCAAGAUGACGAGAAGCGGGUCAUAGCGAUCCGCCCUCUGAGGAGGGUCACACACAUCCCCGGCACUUUGGAGGACGAGGAUGAGGAUGAAGAUAACGACGACAUCAUCAUGCUGGAGAAAAAAAUCCGAGCAUCCAGCAUGCCGGAGCAGGCCCACAGAGUCUGCGUCAAAGAGAUGAAACGACUCAAAAAAAUGCCUCAGUCAAUGCCAGAAUAUGCUCUGACUAGAAAUUAUUUAGAACUUAUGGUGGAACUUCCUUGGAACAAAAGUACAACUGACCGGCUGGACAUCCGAGCAGCCCGGGUUCUUCUGGACAACGACCAUUACGCCAUGGAAAAACUGAAGAAGAGGGUGCUGGAGUACCUGGCUGUGCGACAGCUGAAGAGCAGCCUGAAGGGCCCCAUCCUGUGCUUCGUUGGCCCCCCUGGCGUUGGCAAAACGAGCGUGGGCAGAUCCGUGGCCAAGACCCUGGGCCGAGAGUUCCACAGGAUCGCGCUGGGGGGCGUGUGCGAUCAGUCGGACAUCCGGGGACACAGGCGCACCUACGUGGGCAGCAUGCCCGGUCGCAUCAUCAACGGCUUGAAGACCGUGGGGGUGAACAAUCCGGUGUUCCUGUUAGACGAGGUUGACAAACUGGGCAAAAGCCUGCAGGGAGACCCCGCGGCGGCUCUGCUCGAGGUGCUGGAUCCGGAACAAAACCAUAACUUCACAGAUCAUUAUCUAAACGUGGCCUUUGACCUUUCCCAAGUGCUCUUCAUAGCCACCGCCAACACCACCGCUACUAUCCCCCCCGCCUUGCUGGACAGGAUGGAGAUCAUUCAGGUGCCAGGGUACACGCAGGAGGAGAAGAUAGAGAUCGCCCACCGGCACUUGAUCCCAAAGCAGCUGGAGCAGCACGGGCUGACCCCUCAGCAGAUCCAGAUCCCUCAGGCCACGACUCUGGACAUCAUCACCAGGUAUACGAGAGAGGCGGGGGUGCGCUCUCUGGACAGGAAGUUCGGGGCCAUUUGCCGAGCCGUGGCUGUGAAGGUGGCGGAAGGACAGCACAAGGAGGCCAAGCUGGAGCGCCCCGACGCCACUGAGGGCGAAGGUGGCAGAGAACAUGUCUUAAAGGACACAGAGCCUGAGUCCAUCAGCGACGCCACCGACCUGGCCCUCCCGCCCGAAAUGCCGAUCUUGAUCGAUUUCCACGCUCUAAAGGACAUCCUUGGGCCGCCGAUGUAUGAAAUGGAGGUGUCUGAGCGCUUGAGUCAGCCAGGAGUGGCGAUAGGUUUGGCCUGGACACCCUUAGGCGGGGAAAUCAUGUUCGUGGAAGCAAGUCGCAUGGACGGCGAAGGCCAGCUAACGCUGACCGGCCAGCUAGGCGACGUCAUGAAGGAGUCUGCCCACCUGGCCAUCAGCUGGCUCCGCAGCAACGCAAAGAAGUACCAUCUGACCAACGCUUCUGGGAGUUUCGAUCUUCUUGACAACACAGACAUCCAUCUGCACUUCCCGGCGGGCGCUGUCACAAAAGAUGGGCCAUCCGCGGGAGUCACCAUCGUGACCUGUCUCGCCUCGCUCUUCAGUGGGCGGCUGGUGCGUUCAGACGUAGCCAUGACCGGCGAAAUCACACUGAGAGGGCUUGUUCUUCCGGUGGGCGGAAUGAAAGACAAAGUCCUGGCAGCGCACAGGGCAGGGCUGAAGUGCGUCGUCAUCCCUCAGAGGAACGAGAAGGACCUGGAGGAGGUCCCAGGCCACGUGCGACAGGACUUGAGCUUCAUCACGGCAAGCUGCCUGGACGACGUCCUCAACGCGGCCUUCGAUGGCGGCUUCCCUGUCAAGGCCAGACCCGGCGUCCUGAACAGCAAGCUGUAGGCUCGGGCCUCAGCCUUUCAGGGCUCACGUCGCGGGGUGCCAGGCGGUGCCGGCAAGGUCGCCUCUUCACACCGAGCAUGAUCCUAGCAUUAAUGAACCUCACUCGGGCGGUGGCUGGUGUUAACUGCAGAAAUGUCCAUUUAAUAAAUUGAUAAGAGAUUAAAGA